UUCCGUUGUCUGAAAGGAGAGAGUGUGAGUUUGUUCUCGUUUUACAGCAGAAGUUUAAUUAAAAAUGUCUACUGGUGGUAUGCUUCAUCUUGGUGGUGCGAGGUCAACAGGGCAGCCUGUGCGAACGCAAAAUGUGACAGCAGCUUGUGCAAUAGCCAAUAUUGUAAAAAGUUCUUUAGGCCCUAUUGGUUUGGAUAAAAUGUUGGUUGAUAAUAUUGGAGAUGUUACUUGUACAAAUGAUGGUGCUACUAUACUUAAAAUGUUAGAAAUUGAGCAUCCUGCUGCUAAAGUAUUAGUUCAGCUAGCUGAAUUGCAAGAUACUGAGGUUGGAGACGGUACUACAUCUGUGGUAUUAAUAGCUGCUGAGUUAUUAAAAAAUGCUGAUGAAUUAGUAAAGUGCAAGAUCCACCCAACCUCAAUUAUAAGUGGAUACCGAUUGGCUUGCAAGGAAGCUUGUAAAUACAUCCAAGAACAUCUCACAAUUAAUACUGAUGAGUUAGGGAGAGAAUGUAUUGUUAAUGCUGCUAAAACAUCAUUGUCUUCAAAACUUAUUGGAGCUGAAAGUGAUUUCUUUGCUAAUAUGGUAGUUGAUGCUGCCAUGGCUGUCCGGGUUCCUGAUGGUAAAGGGGGUUAUAAGUUUCCAAUUAAUGCUGUAAAUGUUUUAAAGGCUCAUGGAAGAAGUUCUACUGAAAGUAUGCUAAUAAAUGGAUAUGCACUUAAUUGCACUGUAGCUUCUCAAGCUAUGCCGAAAAUUAUAACAAAUGCAAAAAUUGCUUGCCUUGAUUUUGGUCUACAGAAAGUGAAAAUGCAUCUUGGAGUACAAGUUCUGAUCACUGAUCCUGAAAAAUUAGAUGCUAUUAGACAACGUGAGGCUGACAUUACAAAAGAACGUAUACAGAAAAUCUUAUCAGCUGGGGCAAAUGUUGUUCUUACUACUGGAGGUAUUGAUGACUUAUGUUUGAAGUAUUUUGUUGAAGCUGGCGCUAUGGCUGUUCGCAGGUGUAAGAAACAAGAUCUGAAGAGAAUAGCUAAAGCAACUGGAGCUCAAUUUAUUCAGAGUCUAGCCAACAUUGAAGGAGAAGAAAGUUUUGAUGCUUCAAUGUUAGGUGAAGCUGAAGAAGUUUGUCAAGAAAGGAUAUGCGAUGAUGAACUUAUUCUUGUAAAAGGGCCUAAAGCUCGUUCUGCAAGUUCUAUCAUUUUGCGUGGAGCCAAUGACUAUUAUGUUGAUGAAAUGGAAAGGUCAGUGCAUGAUUCAUUAUGUGUUGUGAAAAGAGUUUUGGAAUCAAAAACGGUUGUUCCUGGGGGAGGUGCUGUUGAAGCUGCUUUAUCUAUUUAUUUGGAAAACUUUGCAACUUCAUUGAGUUCUAGAGAACAGCUGGCUAUUGCUGAGUAUGCUAAAAGUCUUCUUGUGAUUCCGAAAACUCUUGCUGUGAAUGCUGCUAAGGAUGCCAGUGAUCUAGUUGCAAAGUUGCGUGCAUAUCAUAACAGCUCCCAGACAAAGCCUGAACAUGCUGAUUUAAAAUGGGUUGGACUUGAUUUAUAUGAAGGAACAGUGCGGAACAACAAAAAGGUUGGUGUUCUUGAACCUGCAGUUUCCAAAAUCAAGUCUCUUAAAUUUGCAACUGAAGCAGCAAUCACAAUUCUUCGUAUUGAUGACAUGAUAAAACUAGCACCGGAGCAAAAGAAUCAAGGACAUGAUGACUAAUAGUCCAUUCAAUGCAUAGUACUCCUAAUUUAUGCUGCAAAACAACUAGCUUCUCUAACAUCAGCAGGGUCUGUGUUUGCUUUAAAAGAAAAGAUUAAUGAACUUCAUUCUUUAACAGCUCUGGGAGCAAUUUCCAUAAAGUGUACUUAUGUAUUGCCAUCUCUUGUAAUAAAUGUUAUGCAAGUUUUCACUGAAUAAAUAUUCAAUUAUAUUUAAA